AUGUUCUUUGCCCUCUUCUUGUCUAUCAUUGUAAACUUCUCAGCCGCUCAACAAGGGGCAACUUGUGGUUUAGCCGAGCCUUGCAAAGUUGGCUGCUGCAGUUCUUCAGGUACUCACGGUUUUUGCGGAUACAAUUCGGAAUACUGCAACAACGAAUGUCAGAACAAAGACAAGAGCGAAUGUGGACCAAGCACAGAUGCGAUGGCAGCCGAAGUUCGCAUAGGCUACUAUGGGGCUUGGAGCGCCGAGCGUUCCUGUGAUCAGAUGCAACCAGAGAACAUACCCGCUGGUGUGUUGACUCACAUAAACGUAGCCUUCGAGUUCGUCUCAGCAGACCAUGAAAUCACUGAUGAGGUUGGUCAUAUCACCGGCCGAGUCUCUCGUCUGAAGAACAUCUAUCCUGGCUUGCGAGUAAACAUUGCGAUCGGAGGUUGGGUGUUCAAUGAUCCACCUACAGAAACACGUUUUUCAGAUAUGGCCUCCACUGUACCGAACCGCCAAAAGUUUGUGAAAUCUCUCGUCCAGUAUAUGCAAAAGUAUUCUCUGGAUGGUAUAGAUCUAGAUUGGGAAUAUCCUGUAGCGCCCGACCGAGGCGGACUCCCUCGAGACUACUCGAAUCUUGUUCUGCUAUGCGCCGAGAUCAGAGAAGCAUUCGACUCAUACGACCCUGGAUGGCAGUUGACGUUGACUCUCCCUGCCAGUCUCUGGUAUCUGAAACACUUUGACAUUGUACGCCUUGAAAAAUAUGUGGACUGGUUCAACGUCAUGACAUAUGACAUCCACGGCAUCUGGGAUCAGCACAACAUUUGGACCGGUCCUUACCUGAAAGGUCAUACGAAUCUUACUGAGAUUGAGGAUGGCCUGGAUUUAUUGUGGAGGAAUGGUAUCAGCUCGAACAAAGUUGUCAUGGGCUUCGGCUUCUACGGUAGGGGCUUUACCAUGCAGAGUCCGGCUUGCUCAACACCUCCAACAUGUCAAUUCUCCGGGCCAGCCUUCGCCGGCGACUGUACUAAUGAGCCGGGUAUUCUUUCAUAUAAUGAGGUGUUGUCACACCAAGGUGAUCUAAGCACUAGCGUCAGAUACGACAAAGCUUCUUCCGUCAAGUGGAUGACCUACGGAUCCAACCAAUGGGUAUCGUUCGAUGAUGCCGAAUCCUUCCAGGCAAAGGUGAAGUACAUGUACUCGCGCUGUAUUAAAGGUUUGAUGAUUUGGGACCUCGGCCUCGACUCAGCUAAUUAUGAUGCGCUGAUUGGGUUGUUUGGUCAAGAAGCCGUCUCUCAAGGCCUACAAGACAGCUCGCUCAACCCUGAUGAGGAGAAGAGAUUGGUGGACGAUCUUGCCGUGUACACAGGUCAGAACUGUUACAACACAUACGCCUGUACAGAUGACAAGACUGGUAGUAAAUCGUGUAAACCAGGGUUCUCCUCAUUGGAAAUCGGCCACGAAAUGCACGCCAACCUAGGCGAUGGAUUCUCGAGCAUCCUUUGUCCUAAAGGCAAAUUCCAACACGUAUGCUGCCCUACCAAAGCUAUGCCGAAGAAUUGCGAAUGGAUCGGUGCUCCAGAACGGAGCGUUUUCGGUUGCAGUGGUGAAUGCGGCAAAUCGCAAUUCGAACUGAACCAGGACACCUAUAUCGACCCACUCGGAAAAGCAUCGUGUGUAUCUGGCACUCGUAAGCUUUGUUGCGACUCUACCCCAAUUGUACAGAAAUGCCACUGGACUGGAUGCGAUUGGACUGCGGACGAAAAUGGGCAUUGCUCAUCUGAUGAGGUCAGUGUCGCGACACGGUAUGAUCAAGAUGAUGGAGACAUCUGUAAGACUCAAACAGGCAUGGGCAACGGCGGUCAAGGUGGUACCACGACGCAUCAGCAUUUCAGAUCCUUCUGUUGCCCGAAAGACGACCCCUUCGAGAACUGCCAAUGGUCCAAUGACCCUGAUUACUUCAUGGGAAAAUACCAAUCUCCAGUCUCUCAGUGUGCAGAUUCCAAGGAAGACUAUUGCAAAGAGAUUGGCAUUUGCCGCAGCAAGCAUUGCUUCGACGGGCGACUGAUGGUCACACAAGCUCAAACCACGCCACCAAACCUUGGACUCGACAACAGAACGUCCGCCUGUUGGUUAGGCGAUGGGACGUCUCUGGAUAACGCACUUUGUUGCUCGCCUCCAUCACGAUUGACGAAGAAUUGGCCAGUGAAUCCAGCCUACCUUUGGAGCGAUGCGUACGAUGACAAGAACGACGAUGUCACCUGGCAAUGGUCUAAUAACUUUGGUAACAAUCACAAAGACACGACCCCGGACAAUCUGGAAGUCGACCAUGGUGACGACCCGUACGGAUUUGUCAUGCUAGACGGGCCCCCCGGGUCGAUUGCCAAACAGUUCGGCAAACAAUUCACCUUUUUGACCGACGAGGAGCCGAAGAAGAUAGUCUCCCGGUCAUUUGUUACGACAAACCAAUCAGUCAUUGAUGCCACCUUCGAUCACGUUGAGGAAAGUCAUCUAGUAUUUUGUAAUCACCCGCACGACUCACAGCACUGCAAAGAAAUCUUUCACAAGGGCGCUGCCGAUACGAUUAUUAAGCUUCCACGUCACAUUGGAGAAGGUCCAUAUGCUAGAGUCGUGUCCAUGACGCCUGAGUCUUCGCCACCAAGCCUGCCAGCAUGGGCUAUACGCAAACGAGACACAAGUGGAAUCCCAAAGAAUGGCAUCUACAGAUUGAAGAUCGACUACAAUUUCGCUGCUAUCAAGAGAGCGGAUGAUGAGAAAGUUCUCAUGCGCGUGGACUACACCAACCUAAAAGAUUACUGGGACACUGUUACCGAUGAGCCCACGAAAAGGAAGAAACGCUCAGAUUCUGACCAUAUGAACUACACCAGCUGGAGAGAUCGGGUUGACAAGGCCAAAAAUGCUUCUUAUACUAAUGGACAUGAUGAGUUUCACGUUGCGACCCAGGGCAAAGCCGACUUUAGUCCUGAAGGUCUGCCGUCAAUGGGCACACGGUCCGUUGACUCUGGCGAAUCCAAUCAUGUUGAACGUCGGUGGUGGGGUACCUUCACCAACUGGCUUAAGAAACUGAACACGCUCACGAAGGAGGAUGCUGGGUUUCUUCCAAUGAGCCUUUCAAAGAUGUUCAAUAUAUACUCAGGUCGUCUGCAAUGCGCGAACGACGCCGGAGUCACGAUCACAGCUGGUCUUGACAUAACAGCGGAAGUCCGAAUGGAGAUGGGUGCGAGAUACGCGUACUAUUUCUCGGGCACGAUCGUGCCACCGGAUGUCAUCGACACAUACGUCUUCUUGGGGGCGCAGCCCAGCAUUUAUGCUGGUGUCGAUAUCCGCGGCAACGCUGAGCUUGGCUACGAAAGCGAAAGGAAGAAACUGAUUUCGACGGUCACAUACCCCGGUCUAUCAAUCAAGGGCAUUGCAACUGUUGGGCCAUCGCUCGACUUGUGGGGCCAGCUUGCGGGCAGCAUCACCGUCUCUGGAAACAUGAAGGUUGGCGCCAAAUAUACCAUGGAUCCUAUCGAGAUGUAUAUGCCAAAUGACGACAAUACACGACAAAAGGCCAGCAGUAAGAUGGAAAAGUUUGACAAAGAUCAGAAAGGCCUUUCUCCCGUCUUCCAAGCGGGCGUCAAAGCGACCGUGGGCGUUGAGUUGCGCAUCACACCAGAGAUAAACUGCGGCAUCAAAGUCGGCGGCGAGAUUGGGCCGCUCAAAGAGCCUCUUGUUCAAGCGCAGGUCGCUGUAUAUACGAACACGACCAUCUACUUUGAAGCACACGCCACUGCUGACACUGACGGCAAAACCAGCAACUGGGAGUACGGGUACAAGGUCGAGCUGCACUGGCGUGUUGGCAUGAACGCUGUUGCAGCAAUCUAUCUCUACGGCUCCUGGAAGUCAGGUGAAUUCGAAGCUGUAGCCUGGCAAAAUAUCCCCAUCUAUGGUCCCAUCGUAGUCAAGUCUGGACCGUCCAUCAGUGCUCGAGACACAAACUCGACGAGCCCAUGGGAGUUAUCCGAGGAUCCUCUACCCAACGCCCUAUUUGGGGACUCGAUCAUGGUCUCCGCGAACCUGUACAAUCAUACAGAUCUAGAUCUGCCUCCCUUCUCCAACCUUAGUGUACGGACACUUGAAGGGCUAGGGCACGCCGUGCACUCACUUCAUUCACGCGCUGAUGGAAGUGAGAAAGAGUUCAUGCUUGGUGAUUUCAAGUGCACUACCGGCAACUCACCAUGCUCAGCAAGCCUUCCCAACACAUUCAAAUUCCGGCCUCGCGGCCACGGACAUUACUCCUCAAUUAACCACGGCCAUGGUCUCGCAGUACGAUCUAUUCCCGAGCUUCAGAAACGUGCUGCAACCGAUUGCCCAGGGCAGCUGCCACGAUUGUACUACAACUGCGCAUCUAUAUCGUUCGCAAAUGUCAAUCUCCAAGGCCCGUCCGGUACUGUCACAAUCCCAGGUAUCUGUAGCAGCGUAAGAAGAUACCUCAUGGCACAUGGCAUCAACACAGACCAGUAUCCGUUGCAUUGGGAUCCCAGCUAUACCUCCGAGCGCCGCGCCGAGACAUGCAGUGAGGCACGAAGCCCUUGCAGUGGUACCAGCGGCGAGAACGCACUUUACAAAGCUGCAACCGGUAUCAGUUCUGCGCUUGUCAGUUGUGAUGAAUUUCCAUUUGCUUCUUCCGAGGAAGGAGGAUGGGGUUGGCAGUCUGCCCUCCGAGACAACGCACUAAACCCGACGAACCCAUUGGGAACCACGAGAACCUGUGUCCCAGUCUGGCAGCAAAACUUGCAGGGCAAUUGCAACAGACUCCUAAGCAACGUGAUGACAAAUGUAGAAUACUUCAACGAUCACCAAGCACCCACCGAGGACAACCCAUCAUGGAUCCCCUGGGACGCAACAGGAUGGAACCGAGACAAAGAAUUCAAGGAACACGGAGAUCCAGGCCGCCAGCGCCUAACGAAAUAUCCAGAUACUCGGCCAUACCUUCGACACGGCGAGAACAGGGCAGACGACCACAGGGACUGGUAUCACAAGAGGAACUUUACACUGUUCCUCGUCGACACAACCGCAAACAACGUCAACUUCCCCGGUAGCAACUUCGCCUCUGGCUCUAUCCCCAAUCCUAAACCCCCUAGGCCGGUGACUACAGUCAUCUCAGGCUCGGCAUGGAUCAUGUGCGCUGUCUCUGUGCGCGGACAACAGCGGUUCAAGUUCAGGGGUAACAUUAACGGUUACUGCUGGGAUGGCCAAUCUACAGCCCCAGCAGCCAGCGCCCAUUUUUUGCGGCAGCGAUAUUUUGGGUGCAAGAUUGAUUUUGUCGGCGCAGCAUUUGUGAACAGGAAGAGAGCUGAGCCGAUUGGUUAUUUCCACGAUGAGGCCGUAUAUGGGAUUGAGCGGGUGGAUGAUGCUGAAACAAUUGUGGUGGACGUGCCGGUUGCUGACGCUAUGCUGCCAGAUAGCAAGUUUAGUUUUCCUCUUUCCUGA